UUUCUUACUCUAGAGGUCUUAACCUUCCCGAAAAUCACCAUGGCGAUUAUUCCCCUGAUUUGAUACCGAUAACCUAAAUUUUGGGGUGAAGCUGAUGGCCUAUUUCGCACUCAGAUUUCCAAGAUGACAACAAGAAUCUCACAAGAUAAACUGAACUCUUUGGUGACAAAAGAAGAUUACAAAGCUUUCAAAGAAGAAAUGAAGAUGGAAAUGCGUUCUGUAAUUGAAGAAUCAAUGAAGGAAAGUAUGGCACUUUUCACGGCUGAACUAAAAGAGAUAAAAAAAGAAAAUGAGAUGAUCAAAACGGAUAUAAAUUCUAUGAAAGCCAAUAUGGCCAAGAUGCAAGAGGACAUUAAACUCUUAACACUGGAAAAUAAUCACAACAACCAAUACAGUACCAGUGGCGUAGCCAGGAUUUGGUGACCGGGGGUUCUAUUUUUAUGUUAUUCACAAAUCCCCCCCCCCCCCUUAUUAGGGUUCCUCAAAUAAUGCAAUUUGUACAAUUA